GCACUCUUCAGUUGCUGUUGGUUUUUGUAGCUUUUAUCUUCAGGAAGCUUCCUUUGGGGAUAUUAAAUGUGUUAAAGUGUUUCAACCAUUAGCGCAUAUUAAGGAAUAUAGAGUCAAUACACUUAGGGAUUGAUCAUAACUCUCAUUCUCGUUUGUCAUGAUUUUUCUUUUGUAUGGAAAUUGUCACAAGGUUUAAUCCCUAAGUUUAACUUUAGGAACAAUAGAAAUUCCUGGAAAUCCAUUAUUCUCUUUUGAAAAAUGACCGUUAUUUUCGGACGUCAUAAGUGAACGAUCCCCUAGGGUUUUUAUGACUUUUUGACUUAACAACUUUAACAAAUUAAAGUCCAGCAUCCUUAACUUUGGUCCAGACUCUUCUUCCAACUCCAAAAAAUGUGCUACUGAUAUUUAUUCCCAACAAUCUAUUCCACACCAUUUAUCUACUUCCUCUUAUUUUUAUUCUUCUCUCAUUCUUAUCACACAAUCAUGAAGAGACAAUAAUAAUCUACGGACUUUUAUCCUUUGCCCUGUUCUUUGUCUUCAUAUCGUCAAUCUCAUAUCUAUUUUACAAGCAACUAAGGCUGAAUAGUGAAUUAAAUGACAUGACGUGGCGUGUGAAGCCUGAUGAAGUUCUCAUUGAAGUUGGACGCCUUUUUGGGUCGAAAAUUGGUCUACAGAAAUUAAAUUAUGAGAAUUUCUCCAUUACACAACUUGGAGUAAGUUCAGGCCGUGGAUCAAUUGCCAGUGUCGGAAGUAUAGCACCGCCUCAAGAAACAAUAACAAUCGGUGUAUUUAAAGGAGAACGAGUUGCAAUAAAGAGAAUCCUCAAGAAGAAGGUUUUAGAAAUUCAUUAAAGUCACUUCCUCAAAACUCAUCCCGACAUUUUUUUCUUCCCAUUCUUACAGGUCGAGAUCAAUUCUACGUUGUUAUGGGAGAUAAAAAAGACUCGUGAUGUUAAUCAUGAGAAUACUGUUCGAUUUAUAGGCGCAUGUAUUGAUUUACCACGUCCUUACGUUCUCAUUCUAAACGAGUAUUGCCCAAAAACGCUUAAGGAAGUACUUGAAAAUGAAGCGAUACAACUUGAUUGGAAUUUUCGUAUGUCACUGAUACAUGACCUUGUUAAGGGUAUGGCCUAUCUACAUAAUAGCGACGUCUCAGUUCAUGGCAAAUUGAGGUCCAGUAAUUGCCUUAUUGAUGGACGAUUUGUACUAAAGAUAUCCAAUUUUGGCCUGAGAACAUUGACAAUGCCUUCCGAAUUCGUCAAGGAUCAAACGUAUUAUCACAAACUCCUUUGGGUAGCACCGGAAUUGCUAUCGAUAACAGUCAUACCAGGAACUCCCUCAACACAAAAAGGCGACGUCUAUUCAUUCGCAAUAAUUCUCGAGGAAAUUGUUGUUCGUGGUGGUCCCUACGAGUCUGUUAAAUCGUACAUGACACUUACUCAAAUGUUAGAUCGCGUGGCUGCACAUGAUAAUCCACCGUUUCGUCCGCUCGUGGGUGAACGAGAUUGCCCUUCUGAUUUACUUGAGUUAAUGGAAAAGUGUUGGAACGAUAAUCCAGAUGAGCGUCCAUCAUUUGCGAAUAUUAGAACGACUGUAUCAUGCAUUAUGAAAGGAUUUUGCGAGAAUCUUAUGGACGAUUUACUCCGACGAAUGGAACAAUAUGCAAAUAACUUGGAAAGCCUCGUUGAGGAGAAGACAGAACAGUUGAGCAUGGAAAAAAGACGUACAGAAGAAUUACUUUACCAAGUAUUGCCAAAAAGUGUCGCAACGACGCUUCUAAGUGGCGAGAUGGUGCAACCCGAACAAUUUGAAUCCGUAACAAUAUAUUUUAGUGAUAUUUGUGGAUUUACGGCAUUAUGUGCGCAAUCGAAUCCAAUUGAAGUUGUUGACUUUUUGAAUGACUUAUACAGCACGUUUGAUAGAAUUAUAGGAUUUUAUGAUGUCUAUAAAGUUGAGACAAUUGGUGAUGCUUACAUGUGUGUAUCUGGUCUACCUGAACGAAAUGGCGAUGAUCAUGCCCGUGAAAUUGGAUUAAUGGCAUUAGCCAUCCUUGAUGCUGUUAAAAGUUUCACUAUCAAACACAAACCCGAAUAUCAAUUGAAAAUAAGGAUUGGAAUUAAUUCGGGUAGCGUUUGUGCAGGCGUUGUAGGACAAAAAAUGCCAAGAUACUGUCUCUUUGGUGACACAGUAAAUACAGCAUCGCGUCUCGAAUCGACAGGUGAGCCGUUAAAAAUUCACGUCUCGAGAGCAACAAAAAUUAUAUUUGAUAAAUUUGGCACGUUCCAUCUCGAAUUGAGGGGCGAUAUAGAAUUAAAAGGAAAGGGAAAGGUUACAACUUAUUGGCUGAGUGGAUGCUCGGAAAAAGAUCCGAGACCACCGACGCCACUCAAGAAUCAUAUUGAUAAUGAAGUGAAUCCAUUUCCUAUUUUGUUUCCGUCUAUCAAAUAAAAUUAUAUACAAAAAAUUUUAUUAAAUUAAAUAUCUGAAUAAGUAUGGGGUGGACAUAACAUCAUCACAAUCAUAAACAUGUCUUCUUAUUAUCUAUCGCAUAUUCUUCUUUUGUAUAGAUUGCAAACAUGCUUAUUUAUUCAUUUUGAAUGGAUAGAUGAAAUUAGACUAGCAGAUUGUAAUUUACUGCUAUUCGAUAUGUUUUGAAUCAAUAUUUUUUAUAUUAUAAGUUUGUCUAGCUAUUGGAUAGAAUCUUUUUUGAGCCUAUUUAUUAAUUCUUUAAUUAAAAAGGAUAAUAACUGCUGUUUUAAGGAACAUCAAAUUAAUUUCAGAGGAUUUAAACAUUUUAUGCUCAAUUUUCAUUGAAUUAUCGCUAAUUUCUAGUUUGAAAAGUCAAUAGCACCAAUCCAUGCGCUUUAUUAAGCUACAAGCUUUUUUUAUUUAUUUGCUAGUGUAUUACACAAAUUUUCAUGAAUGUAGGUGUCUUAUCUAUUUAUCAUAAGUUAGGAAGUGAACUUUAUGUUGUAUGAAUAAGAUGAAGAUUCGUCAGGUAUGAAAGUCUCAACUUAUCCAUCGAUAUUUAUGACUGAAUCAAGGCAACUUUUGAAAGGUGAAUUUUAUUAGCUUUAUUGAGCAAAGUAAGAAGAACUGCCAAAUUAAAGGCGAAAGUGUAUGUUCGAUAAUUCCAUUGUACUCUUUAGAGAAUGAAUAAUGUUCAAUUCUGCAUGAUGAAUGAAUCUUAAAUUUAAUUAUUAAAACAAAAGAAUUUCAUACUGUCAAUGAAAUAUUAAACCAGAAAAUCAAUUAUCAGCAAGGUUUCCAGAUUUCAAAAAGAUUGUGAUCUAAAUUACAAGAUUGAGAUCUUUAUAACAUGAAUGAAAUUCAGGAUUCCUGAUUAUUAGUAACUUAAGGAAUUUUAGAUUAAACUUU